AUGAUUUUACUUUCAAGAACUGUGAUAUUAAAGUUAAAAACCUCUUCAAACAUUACUCUUGUUCUCACUGGCAGCGUACAUAACGAUAAGACUUUGUCUGAUUUAGUCGCAGCAAUUGAUAAUACACUCAAAUACCCAGAGAGGGACUCAAUAAUCAUUCAUCGUACUCUUCACUUAACUUUACUCUUCGCCUGUGGUGUCAAUCAAGGUGCAAUUGGUGCCUUCUUCCAAAGACGUGAUUUAUUCAAUUCGCUCAUUCAAAUCAUAUCAUCACCAACAACUACAGCUUUUACUUAUGAGGCAACAUUGUUAAUAGGUGUUUUAGCAAAUUAUCAUAAAGCUCAAGCCCAGAAUCUCAAUAGAUACUUACGUCGUGUUCGUGAUUUUGUCGAAACUGAUGUUAUGAAAAAGAUCAUCUUAAUCACUAGCACUGCAAUGGAAAAAUGUAUAAGUGAAUAUCAUAAUAGAUACCCGACAAGAUCAUUUUCUAAUACAAUAAUGUCAAUCUUCCCUUUUUCAAAUUCUGACGAUGAUUCAAAUCUUUCAACUGAAGUAUAUAGUGAUCUUCCUCUAAAUGUCACAGCUAUACUUCUACCAUUCUUUGAGUUUAUCAACGCAAAUUCAAUCUUUUCAGGUUUACUUUGUGAAGAAUUACUUUAUAGACAGUCGCAAAAUGAGCCAAAUGCACCACUUACACUAAUUUCAGCACUUUCUUAUGUGUUCACUCAUUCAUCCGUAACAAGUCGCGCACAAGCUUAUGCAUCUUUGGGAUUAUACACCCUUUCGGCUUUAGUUGAAGCAGAUGAAUGCGCAGAAAUUUUACUCAAACCAAUUUCGUCAAACAAAAGUGCACAAUCUUCAAUUCCACAAUCACCAAAGAGUCCUAAAGUGCAAUCGAAUGGUACAAACACACCAUCAACACCUAAUUCAUCAACAUCAGUAAUAGAUAGUAAACGUAUAGACAUUUGCAGGCAACGUAGACCUCAAUUACCAUUACCAAAGCCGCACAGACCAUUAAUGGAAUCAAUUUUGGAUUGCUGUAUCAUAUACUUACGCUUUAACAUACCCACUACGACAAAUAAAGAUAGUUUUAACAUUGAAAACACAUUAAUUGCAGUACAUAUCAUCAAUCGCGUACUCUGGCAUAUUCAAAGGUUACAGGUUAAAUUAUGUGAGUAA